AUGGCGGCCGUCAAGUCGUUUGCUGCAAUCGCGGCUCUUGGCCUCAUUCACUUGGCACAAGCUUGGUACAACGACCUCCCCAACUGUCUCUCGCCGUUCGACCCGUUCGUCUACUCUGGGUGUUACGACAAUGGCCAGCCGGGUCAACCACAGGCACUCAGCCUUCGCACCGACGAGGACCAGCAGAACAUGACGGUCGAGGACUGUGUCUCUGCUUGCAAGGGUAACGGUUAUCGCUUGGCAGGUCUGGGCUACUAUGGCGUCUGCUACUGUGGCCAGACGGUCUCGACUGCGCUGCUUGACGAGUCUGAAUGUUCUUUCCCCUGCACUGGCAAUAGCUCGCAGACGUGUGGAGGUGAUACUCAGGUCAACAUCUACAUGGACCCAACCUUCCCCACAAUCGCAGAGCCGUCCAUCGGAGAAUAUGCCCCAGUUGGCUGUUGGACCGAUGACUCUCCAAAUGGCAAGGCGCUCUUCUACCGGCAGGAAAGUCUCGACUCUUCCACUAUGACCACUGAGACGUGCCUGUCUUCUUGCUUGGCGGGAGGCUUCCCUUUCGCUGGCACCGAGGUCAGUAUUCCGAGUCCUUCUACGUUCCCCGUCCCUCCGUUCCAAGCAAAGGCGAUGGCCCGGUAUGAUCAAGAUAGUAUCACGACAUCUUGA